AAAACCCCCCACAGAGACCUCAGUCCCAACGCAAUCCCUCUGCUUGGAAAAACGAGUCGAAAAUGGCGUCGACCUCAGCUUCUCGCUCCGGUGGCGCCGCCGGAAGAAUCAAAUCCGCCGCCACGACGUUAUUUUCCGAUAAUCAGUCACUCCUCGCUGAAAUCCGGAAAGUUGUGACGAUGAUGAAGGAUGUGGGUGUCGAUUUGGAGAGAGAGAAUGAGUCCCAGAUGGUAAAAGAGCUUGAAGAUGGUGUGCUUCAACUGUUGGCAGCUUCUGAGGAUUGUACACAUUUAUCCACAGCAAUUCAAUCUGUUGGGAAUGGUUAUCAGCCAAGAGAAGAGGCAACGGAUUUUACGAAGUUGUUUGAUGAUGAGAUUGCAAAGUCCAAGGCUAAUUCCUCUUCAGUUCCCCAAAAUCAUAUGUUGUUACGCCAGUUUAGGGAAGCAAUUUGGAGAGUUCAUCAUGCAGGACAGCCAAUGCCAGGUGAAGAGCAGGAGGAUCUCGUAAUGACCAGUACACAAAGCAACAUUCUGAACGUCAAUUGUCCAUUGACUGGAAAGCCUAUCACUGAACUGGAAAAUCCAGUUCGCAGCUUGGAUUGCAAGCACAUAUAUGAACAGAACGCCAUUAUGCAGUACAUAAGGUCCAAGCAUGCACACUCUCAAUGUCCUGUAGCAGGUUGCCCAAAAAUACUGGUGGCAGAAAGAGUGGUGUGUGACCCAUUGUUACUUGUUGAAAUUGAGGAAAUGAGUUUAUUGAACAAACAAUCUGCUAGGCCUGAUGUAGUUGAAGAUUUCACUGCGACUGAUGACGAAGAAUCUGGUUGAUGAGGAACAAGAACUACUCUCAUAUUUUCGACACGGAAAUCAUGAUUAUGAAAAUCUCCAUUGCGACCCCUGGACUAGGUUCAUAUCUAGUUGUCUGCAUUUCUCCUAGUUUUGGCGCUUACAAUGGAAUGAGAAAUAUAAUUUUGGAAGUAAUGUGCGGGCAAAGUGGCACGAGUUCCAUGAUUUCAGUUAUAGACGCUGCGUAAAACACAAACUUAUCUUUCUCCUUCCUCGUAAGGCUGAUGGGAUGGCCUCAACCAGGAUUGUGAGAUAGGCAGUAAAAAAGUAGGGGUUUUUUUUCGUGUCCAUAGAGUCUAUGUGAGUUGUAAUUCCUAAUCUUUGUAGAUUUCCUGGUGCCACUUCAAUGAAGAAUGACUUGCAGCUUCAAUGUUGAAA